CCGCGACCUUGCCUAUAAAAGGGUGGGCGUCCCUCUCGCUCCUCCUACUUCUCGCUCGACCCCGCUCGCCAGACGUCCCCGUGCCGCCUCCUGACCGACUAACUGCUGCUGCGUCGGCGUCACUAUGAAGGCCUUGAUUCUGCUCCUUCUCGGGGCGUGCCAGGCCCUGCAACCGGGCUUGGAGUACCAGUACAGGUACAGCGCCCGCGUCGCCACCGGGAUACCAAGCAUCAACAGGCAGUUCGCAGCCGCAGGGAUACAGGCUGACGUCACAGUCCAGAUGGCUGCGGAUUACUCGACUGUGGUGCAGUUCAGCAACAUCGAGGUUGGAGACUUGAACAAGGUCCUGGACUGCGACCUGCGGGCUCCUCUGCCCCUCGAGUACCAUCCCCUGGAGGACUACGUCGACCUCCUCGAGAAGCCCUUCAGAGUCGUCAUGAACGAGUCAGGUAUCCCAGACCACAUGGAAGGGCCUGACGAACCCGUCUGGAUCUCCAACAUGAGGAAGGCCUUCGUCAACAUCUUCAGGGUGCCGUUGCUCUGGAAUACUGAGGCACACUCCACCAAGCUUAACUACGGUUCACUAGAGGAAACUAUGGUCGGACGUUGCCAGAACUGGUACUCGUCGCUGAAAUACCCAAUCAACCUGGCUGAAGAGAUCAACGUCCAACGCGAACACUUCAUGGAGGAGGACAUCCAGCGGGAUGCCUACUCCUCCAGCUACACCACAAAAACCACAUCGAAGACUAGCAAGUCUUCCAAGACUUCCUCCAAGACUCCUUCAAAGACUAGCAAGACCGGCAAAACGUCUCCAGGUCAACUGGCGAACGUUCCUCAUAUUGAGGAUACACUCUGGUCCAUCAGGAGAACCACGGACUUCGGCAUGUGUGAAAACUUGCUGUCUCUGGAGAUCCACAGCAGCAAGUACACGGAGGAGAUCAUUCAGAGGAGCUCCGUGGCAAGUUACCUCAUCCGCGGAGACACGCACCGAAGGAUCGAGCAAGCCGUGGUGGAGGGAACCAUCAGCGUCUUGACGAACAAAGAGAGAAAUGAGCAUGUGGACACCUUCACCAACCAGACCCUGGAGCUGAAGGCUGUGCGUGAGGUUGGCGAGCCCAUCACUAUUACAUAUGAAGUCCAUAAUCACUACAAUUGGCACUACAAUAUCGAAAGGCCACAGGGCGACCAAUUCAUUCCACUGGAACAAGUCCUCACAGGCAGGCCGAUCACCGACCAAAUUAUCAAUGGCAUUAUGGAUUACAUCAAGAAAAGCAUCGACGACCUUUCGCACCGUAUGGAGCAUUACCCAGCCAAGCCAGAGAACCUUGCUUACAUCUUUGGCCGUCUCGUCGAAGCCGUCGCCAACCUCGACUAUCCACACAUUCAGACCCUUUACAGCCACUUCGAAGGCAAAGGCAAUUUGCAGAAAUACAUCUUUGCGCAGUUGGUGAUCGACGCCGGUACAGAACCCUCAGUCACUUUUGCACUCGGUCACCUCAAUAAUAUUCCCUUCUACAAGACUAUCUACGACAGCAUUGGUGUCAAUCUUCGCUCUCCGGCCCCGAUUCUUAAGAUCAUGACCAGUCUCAUAGACGGAGAGGAAGGUGUGGACCAUUCCAUCGGCGUCAUGAACUUCGCCACUUUGGCCCACGACGCGUGCCUCAGCGAGGACAGGAAGCACUUCUACUUCGACUACAGCUGCGGCCCGAAGAGCACGUGCGACCCCGAGCCCAUCAUCAACACCUUCAUCCCGUACCUCGUGCGAAACCUUGGGAAUCAGGAGAAGGACGUCUGGCAGCGGCUCAUAUACCUUCAGGCGCUGAGCAACCUGGGGACUCCGCAGACAAUCAACGUACUGAAGCCCAUCAUCCUUGGCGUCACCGAAACCAACAUCUUCAUGAGGACGAAUGCCAUCUGGAGUCUGAGCGCUUACAACAUGCAGAAGUCCGCCCUCUCGCAGAUCUACGAUAUCCUGAUGCCGAUCAUCGAGAACAAAGGGGAGCAGUUUGAGAUCCGAAACAUCGCUUUCCUCACGCUGGCAACCUGGGGUCCUGGCCACGCCUGGUGGCAGCAGUUGGCGGUUUCGACCUGGCAUGACCCGUCGCCCCAGUUCGCCAACUUCGUCACCACGACCAUCUACUCCAUCGCCGACAGCCACACGAAACUGGCAGACACAGUCUCCCGCGUCAAGCACCUGUGCAAACCUGCCGCCCCGUCGUCCAUUCUUCAAUCGACCAACUUCUUCCUGCACGAGUACCUCUUCUCAGAGGAGCACGGAUCACGAGUCAACUUCGCUUGGUUCGCAAGUGUGCACGGGCUCCUUCCCGAGGAGGUGUUCCUGCGCAUCCAGACGGAGUUCUUCUACGGCUACACGAAGGUGGCAAAGUUCGAUGCACAACAGCGAGGACUUUACCUCAUGCAGUUCCUGAGACAGAAAAUGACGAAGCCCCUGAAGAGACCCCAGAGCAGCGCGCAGGAAAUCGUCGCCGGCAUGUGGGAGGAACUUAAGGAGAAACUCGAAUUUGAGUCACCUGAAUCUCCUUCAGAAUCACUGCUUUGGCUGAAGCUAGACAGACUCAUCUACGUGGCUGUUAACGAUCGGUUCAUGGAAGGUAAGCAUCAAAGCUAACCCCUCGAGCACCCAUACCCCACCGUCUUGGCGCAACUGCCCGUCUACGACAGGGACCUCAACACCCUCAUCGCCCUCCCCACAGAGAUCGGCAUCCCCUUCAGCGUCAUGUACGUUGCCGAAGACGCCACUUGGCUGAAGAUAAAGGACCACGCAGCAACCAGCAUGACAAACGGGAAGAUGAAGAUCAACGCGGAUUUCACUUUUGAAACCAGCCAGGUGAUGUACGUGGACGCCAGGGCUCAUGUGCCUUGGUCGAACAGGCCAGCCGUCGCUUCUGGCGUGUAUGCAGAUACGCAGCUCGUCUUGCCCCUUAAUGUCCAUGCCUCCUUUGAUAUCUAUAGUCAGGAGAUACAACUGUCUCUAGAACCCACGAACACCGUAAAGAUGGACGUGAUCAAAUUCGAAUUCGUUCCUUACACCGUCCAGGAGAACAAUUACCCCGGCGACGUUCCGGUCAUCGAGAAUGAAUACAAGCCUAUCCUACAUGGAGAGGUUCCUCUGUUCAAUGACAAACAUCAGGCAUUCCCCUCCGACGUGGGCCUUUGGGUUCAAGUCGCAACAGAAGGCGACAUCCAUCAUACACCAAGCAUCUAUGAAAUAAUCACUCAGCUAUUCAGCGCACACACCACUUCACAUAUCUGGGAACAGAACAUUGUCUUUGAUCCUACACUUUCCACCACCAAGGUCGUCUCAUUCACCUUUAACUACGUGUCGACCGGAGGCAGUGGGUCUCUGGUUGACCGUGGCGACUACGACGACGGCCAGGUAUCGCAGGGCUCCUUCGAUGAAGACUUCGGACAGUUCUCACAGGUGGCCGGCGGGAGUAGUCAGGACACCCUGGAAGUGGACAGCUUCGGAACGCAAAGCCAGACAAGAGAGCGCAUCAUGAGACUGCAACAGGCAUUGAUUGCCUCUGGAGGGCACGUGAGAACCAUCAGUGUGGAAAUAGAGCUUCAGGGAACUCCAACGAGGAACUAUGAGGCGAGCCUCACCUGGGCCAUCUCCAGCUCCGCUUCAGCGAGAUCCUCCAAGGUGCAAGUGACACUCAUGAAGCAUCCAGCCGUCGGCGUCCUGGAGGACCCAUACACUAUCUGCCUGAACGCCCAGAUCAUGAAGCCGCAUUUCAAUCCGUUCUUCACCACUGAGGAUGUGCUGACGGCCAACUACCAUUCCACAAUCAAGGCCGAAUUGUACGAGGGUGAGACGUGUGAGGAAGCGCCGGUCUUGCUCCUGGAGGCUUCAUUCGAUGUCAGCAACGACGCCAAGGAGAAAGUAAAGGAAGCAAUAGAGAAGGGCUGCGACUACAGUACCUACGCUCCUGGCAUUGAUAUCAUCACUUCUCCUCUGUACGACCACUCUCAUAUCACUGCCACCUGGACACCGGACUUCCCAGACAGCCUGAAGAACCUUACAUACUAUGUUGAUGACAUCAUCAAGGCUUCCCUAUCCCAGAAGAUCGAAUUCGACCACACCACCGCACAUUAUGACGCCAGAGUUGAAGUUGAUGCUACAAAGUGCAUUGAGACCGGCCUGUGGACCGUGAGGACAGAGAAGCCCUAUGCCGUGUCCAUCAUCAAGGAACUGGAAAUCCCAGCAUGGGCCAACCCGAUCUUUACACCUGGGCCCUUGGCAACCACCCUGCUCUAUGACUUCGCCGUCGGUCGCACGCCAGUGUCCUGCACCAUUGAAGAAACCAAGGUUAGGACCUUCGAUGCUAAGGAGUUCGCCUACGAGCCCAGCGAAUGCUGGAACGCCAUGUCCUUCGACGUGAGCCACCUGCAGCGAGGCGCCAUCCUCGUUCGCUACACCGGCCAAUGGGAAGUCCGCAUUAUCUGGCACAUGGAAGGACUCGUGUUUGACAUCUCCCCGACCAAUUUCCUUGUGAACGGCGAACCAGCCCAAGGAACAGAUAACAGAUAUGCCAUUUUGCACCAUGAGGACAGUCAUACGAUUGUGUUCGAAAGUGGAACAAGCAUCAAGGUGUCAGACAAAGUAGAAUUCCUGAUGGCCAUGUACCACCGCGGGCACACAGCCGGCUUGUGCGGGAACUACGACGGCGAGCCAUCCAACGACAUGGUAGGACCUAAGGGCUGUUACUACACGGACGGUCACUUGUUCUCCCUUUCUUGGGCCUCCCCUGGAGAAGGAUGCGCCGCUUUCAACUUCAAGAGCUUGAAACGUGAUGUUGAACGCUACCAGGAGGACUGCCCUCACUUCGCCCACGAGCCCACAGGAGUCGCUCAUAGUGAUGCCCUGUACGACUGCACGGAGUGGGUGUACCACGAGAGGACGGAGGGCCAGUACCACUGCAAGGCUCUCAGCCCCAUGCCAGUGUGCAGACCCGAAUGCGUCGCCAACCACCCCAUCACCACGUCGGUCGAGUAUGAAUGCAAGUUCAGCGAACAUCGGCAACAGGCACAGCAGCUGCAGCAACAAGUGCAGGGCACAAAGUGGGUGGAAUGCUUCCCUCACUCCUACACCCUGACCUACCCAUCUUCCUGUGUCCCUCACUAACUCCCUUUCUGUCAUUUUGACCUAAUUUCAUCUUUCCCUUUAGCUUUCCCUUAGUCUGCAAUCGCCUGUAUCCUAAAUAAGAAAUGAUUGCCUUUCUCUAACAACCCUUCUUAACUCCAUCCACAGAAAUAUCGUUUCAUAUCAUCUAUUGGACUUUCAUACUUUUUCCUGUUUCUGAAAUGAGUUUAGCGCUAAUUAACAAGCUCUAGUUUCUUUUCCGUGUCACUUUCUGAGAGAGAGAAAAAAGAAUAUUGUCCAUGUUCAUUUCUUCAAAUACCUUUAAUGAGAUUGUGCGGGAAACAUGACGGGACGAAGGUGGAUAUCGGCAGGAGUCGAUCAAGCGGGAAUGUAGUGAGAGUGUGGGUCACAGUUACUUUCUGUUGGAUGUAAAAGGACACCGUCUUCUCUGAAAUAAAAUUCGGAUCUCU